UAACAAGUAUAAUGGCAAGACUCAUCAUUGCCAACAAUGAGGCGCCAAGCGAGGCUGAUAGGAUAAGGAGUCUUCGAGCUUUCCACAUACGUCAGGGGGAUAACCUAUUUGCCAUGCCGGAGGAACAGUUCUUAAACAUGUUCAGAAUGUCUAAGGCAGCAGUAGUCACCGUCUUGGAGGAACUGAGCUACACUUCACUUGCAAAUAUUGACUUUCCGCUUCACCUGCAGCUACUGAGUACACUUGCGUACUACGCUACGGGCAAAGCUUACGACACUAUGGUCAUCUUAGGAGCCACUAGAAGGAGCGCUAAGCUGUGUAUUAUCAGGGUCUCCAAAGCCUUGAGCACCUCUCUCUGGGAGAGAUACCUAAACUUCCCGGAUAAUCAACAGAUAGUCAACUUCAAAAGGGACUUCAGAAGCGUAGCAGAGAUAAGCGAAUUGAUCGGAUGUAUGAAUAGCAUGGAGGUAGCUGUGAAGCGUAAUAUCGGUACUGAAGUCGGCUUUACACGGUUGGAUUAUGGCCGCCAGUUCAUGAAGGUGCUAAUUGUGUGUGGCCCACAUCUCCAGGUUACCCACAUUAUAGUUCAGAACUCAUGUACGGACACCGAUUGGGAAAUAUUCAGAGAGAGUACGCUUUGCAGUGCUCUGGAGUAUGGGACGUACGACAGCAGUUUGUUGUUAGUGGACAGCUCCUACCCGUCUCAACCAUACUUUCAGCGACCUCAUGAUAAUCCGGUUACCUUGGCUCAAGACAUGUUCAACUUAUCUCAUUAUGUCACACACCAAAUAACUAAUGAAGUGUUCAGUUUACUAAAACGUAGGUUUCCUUGUCUGGAGAACACAAUGGAGCCCAUCUUUCCAAAUAAUCUCUGUAUUCCAGUGGCAUGCGCCAUUUUACAUAACGUGUGUCUGAGAUGGGCAUCGCCUAUGCCAGCUAACAACUUUAACAGACCGCCUGCUGAAAACGAUAAUGAUUUGCGUCAGCAUUUUCACCAGCAAUAUUUCGUUGAAGAAUGACGUAUCAUCCGAGUGGUCUGUCAAGUCGUUAAGUUGUUACAAGGUUAAGUGGAAGGCUUUCAAACAUGUACUGUAACGAUGUGAUAUAUGUAUUUGAUGGAUAUCAGGGAUAUCAUAUUGUGAGUUACAUUCAU